AGACAGUACAACUGGCGAUUCCCAUCCAGUAAGAUGAAAACAAGCUAGUUUUCGUUUGGAUUCAGUUUUUAAACAAAACCUCGUUUUAAGUUAACCAUUUUGGAGUCUUUGAGUUUUGUUGUAAUUUCAACCUGUAGUUAGAAAGAAUUCUGUUGUUUGUUAUAACAGUAUUUCAAACAAGUGCGAUUGUAGAAAAUUGCUAGAGAGAUCUUCAAUAGUGAAGUGUAUUAAAGUAGACAACGUAAAUUCGUGAAAAUGCCGCAGGUUAUUGAAGCGUACACACCAUUCCCGACCACAAUCGGAUGUACUCCGAAGCUGAAGACGGUCCCGAAGGCGGUUAAUGCCAUCCGGGGAGUCCCGCUAGUAAAUGGGGAGCUCGUGCAGCUGUCACCCAAGAUUCGGGCUUUUUUGGAGGAAUCGGUUGCGCUGUGUAAGCCCGAGCGAAUCCACGUCGUUGAUGGAGGUGAAAAGGAGAGCACCACACUGUUGAAGGUUCUGCAGGCUCAGGGAACGAUUCAACCACUGCCAAAGUACGACAACUGCUGGUUAGCUCGUACCAAUCCGGCCGACGUGGCCCGAGUAGAGUCCAAAACUUUUAUCUGUACCGAGAAACAGGAGCAGGCAAUCCCCACUCCGAAAGCUGGCGUCAAUGGAACCCUCGGUAAUUGGAUUUCUCCGGAGGACUAUGAAACGGCCAUUCGGUUGCGGUUUCCCGGUUGCAUGACGGGUCGUACCAUGUACGUGGUCCCAUUUUCGAUGGGUCCGAUUGCUUCGCCACUGUCCAAGUUCGGUAUCGAAAUCACCGACUCGGCAUACGUCGUUUGCUCUAUGCGUAUUAUGACUCGUAUGGGUUUGGAGGUGCUUGAGAAGCUGGCCGAUAAUUCGGACUUCAUAAAAUGUCUUCACUCGGUGGGAACUCCGGCCAACGGAAAAAUCUGUAUGCCUUCGUGGCCCUGUGACCCGGAGCGUACAAUCAUUCUACACAAACCAGCGUGCAACGAAAUUGUUUCGUACGGAUCGGGUUACGGCGGAAAUUCGCUGCUCGGCAAAAAGUGCUUCGCACUGCGGAUUGGAAGCACCAUCGCACAGCGUGAAGGUUGGUUGGCUGAGCAUAUGCUGAUUCUUGGCAUUACCGAUCCUAAUGGGGUUAAAAAGUACAUUGCUGCCGCUUUCCCGUCGGCUUGUGGUAAAACCAAUCUCGCCAUGAUGAACCCCACGCUGCCGGGUUACAAAAUGGAGUGCGUUGGGGAUGACAUCGCUUGGAUGAAGUUCGACUCAAAGGGUCAGCUGCGUGCCAUUAAUCCGGAAAAUGGUUUCUUCGGAGUCGCUCCCGGAACUUCGAUGGAAACCAAUCCGAACGCCAUGCAAACAGUAUAUAAGGACACAAUCUUCACUAAUGUGGCCGCCACCUCGGAUGGAGGAGUUUUCUGGGAAGGAAUGGAGAACGAAUUGGCUCCCGGAGUGGAAAUCACCGAUUGGCUGGGUCAACCGUGGAAUAUGGGCGAAUCCAAAACCCCUGCGGCUCAUCCAAACUCCCGGUUUUGCGCUCCAGCUGGCCAAUGCCCCAUCAUUGAUCCAGCUUGGGAAGACAACGAAGGAGUACCAAUCUCGGCUAUCCUAUUCGGGGGACGUCGCCCCCAGGGAGUUCCACUUGUCUAUGAAGCAAAUUCGUGGACUCAUGGUGUCUUCGUUGGAUCGGCCAUGCGUAGCGAAACAACAGCUGCUGCAGAACACAAAGGUAAAAUGAUUAUGAAUGAUCCGUUCGCUAUGCGUCCGUUCUUCGGUUACAACUUCGGAAACUACUUGAAACACUGGCUCAGUAUGGAGCAGCGUGCCGCCAAACUGGGAGGUCAGGUUCCGAAAAUCUUCCACGUCAACUGGUUCCGCAAGGAUGCCGACGGAAAGUUCCUUUGGCCAGGUUUUGGCGAAAAUAGUCGCGUAAUGGAAUGGAUUCUGCAACGUAUUGAUGACCACGAAUGCUAUCGGAAAACACCGAUCGGUCGAGUGCCCUUGGUUGGAGCUUUAAAUUUACACGGUUUGAACGGUUCAGUCAAAGAAAAAGAACUAUUUUCGAUACCCAAACAGUUUUGGCUGAAGGAGGUCGAGGAGAUUAAGCAGUACUAUGACAACCAGCUGCCGCAAGAUUUGCCGCAGGAAAUAGCCAAAGAGCUACAGGAGCUCAAAACACGCGUUGAGCAAAUGUAGAUUAACUUCUAAAACUAGAAUAGCAAUCGUAUUACACUCAACUAAUUUAAUUUAUUUUGAUCAACUUGUGAUAAGGCUAAUAAAACGCAUUUAUAGAUGAUAAGUUCUGUUGUAUAGAACAAAAUCUUAUAAUAAAAAACAUUACAAAGUUA